AUGAACAUCCAGUUUAAGUUUGUGGAAGGUGAAAACCCGGUUGAGAUUUACGAGUUGAAGAAUGAGUCAUGGAGAACUCUUGAGCACGUGAAGGUUGAUUGGGUGGUGGAUAGAUCGUGCCAAGGUGUGUCUGUGCUGGGUAACAUGUAUUGGGUGGUUACUCCUGAGAAGAAGAAGAAGAAGCGCAAAAGCUACAUUCUAGGUUUCAAUUUCACGGUGGAAACAUUCAAUGACGUGUGCUUAUGUCCUCCUCCUCUCUCUUGUGGUGGUGAUCGUUACUUAAGCUGUUACAGUAAAGAUAGAUUGUCUUUGCUACAGCAAGAUACAAAAUCAAGGAAGAUUGAGGUUUGGCUUUCAAGCAACUUGGCUGAUGCGAGCGUCUCCUUUACUAAACAUUUCAGUGUGGCCAGCCCUGAUCAUCUUGUGUUAAAGCCCCGUCAAUUUACGUCUUAUCCGGUCUACUGCUUUGUCAAGCCCAAAAGUAUCGUUGCAUGGUGCGAGGGACAUGCAACCCAAGGUCAGAGGGAUUGUACUUACUGCACUCUUUAUCAGAUUGGUGAGGAUGCGCUAGGAAACCCAACUGAGACCGAACGAAACUAUGAUGAGCGACGCUGGCUUCCAGACUUUUGUGGCCAUGUCUAUGUUCCAAGUUUGGUGUGGCUGUGA